AUCGCGACUACAUAGCUCACAUUGCGCAUCCGUCCUCCGCCCCGCGCCACCAAUUCCCGUCAUGUUUGGUCCCUUCCGCCUCACAAACCCGCUGUCGGGCGGUCUUCUAUGGAAAGUACCCUGGCGCCUAUCCAGGCACCAAAAGUACCGUCAACGCGAACGUCUCCGCCAUGUCGACACCGUCGUAUCUACUCUUGACACGGCACUACGGCGCAUGGGCCAGAGCAUGAAGAAAGUGGAGCGCUGGAAGAUGGAGAUGCCCACAGAGCAGGAGAUGCUACCAAAAGAUAAAUACACCGUUUUCGAUCGCAAAGUGAAGAGGUAUCGGAAGGGUAUACAUAAGGUGCCGAAGUGGACGAGGGUUAGUCAGAGACUUAACCCGCCGGGUUUCUAGGGCAUGGACUGGCUAUCACGUGUAUCUUUUUUUGUUGGUACUUAUGUUAUCUACAUGGGUAUGGCGCGUGAGUGGGACGGCAAUAUUUUGCGUUCUCAUCCCAAUUGUGACUCAAUUGCGAUCAGCCACGCCCACACAUACCAUAAUCAUCUCAGCUUGUUCUCUCUACGAUCUAGCUUCACUAGGGGCCAUCUGAAGCAAGUGGAGCCUGUCGUCUAAAGGAAAAUCCUCUAGAGAGUGUGAAGAGCCAUGGGGUGACGAUUGUAUGAAAGCAGACGUUUGCGAGCUUGAAAAAAAAUCGAUAUUUCAAGGCGCAAAUAUGGUUCGAAAAGACAAUGUAUAUCUUAGAACUGCUCAAUAUACAUAACACCGCCCAUUCUACUCUUACACUCAAAACAGCAUACCCAACUCAUUACCAUCAA